AUGACCGAGGACGAGAGGCACGCGGAACCGGAAGCCACGGGAAUCCCGGCGGACGCCGGCGAACGUCAAGUUUCCCUCUACCCUAUCACGGUGGAGGGAAGGAAGUGCGGUGACGAGACGAGGCACGAAGCGGGGGACAAAGACUCGUCGAAAACCGGCAAGAAGGAGAACCAAGCCCAGAGAUUACAGCCGACCCAAUCGUUGCCGCAACUGCAGCCUGCCGACACGCAAGCCGACAGGAGAAGCGAGAACAUCGGAGACGGCGCAUCGGACUCGUUCAGCAAUCAAAGGGUGUACAAGAAAUCAUCGCCGAACAACAAGCUUACUUUAUAUCUGGCGAGCAGGGACCUGAUCGUCAGCGAGACGAAGAUCGACAAACUGCAGGGCGUGCUACUGGUUGACCCAGACUACUUACAGGACAAGAGGGUGUACGGCCAAAUUACGUUGACUUUUCGCUACGGCCGAGAGGACGAGGAGGUAAUGGGAUUGAAAUUUUGCAAUGAGGCGGUGAUGUGUCUCGCGCAAUUGUACCCGCCGUUCCUCGGACCUGAUCACCAGGAAACGACGCCGCUACAGGAGGCGUUGGUAAGGAGACUAGGCCCCAAUGCUCACGCGUUCACCAUGGAGAUCACGCCGUUAGCUCCGCCCUCGGUACAAUUGGUCCCGGCAAAGGAAUACAAUGGUGCCCCAAUAGGGACCAGUUACGACGUUCGGGCUUAUGUCGCUGAACGAGCAGAUGAGAAGCUGCAACGAAAAACGACCGUCAGAAUGGGCAUCCGAGUGAUCCAACGUACCAUGAGGCCACCACUGCCAGCUACCACAGUGUACAGCGUGCCGGUGUCGGAGAGUCCGUCCGCGGAAUCGAGGAAUCAGCCGUGUAAGACUAGAGUAACGUUCGCGGAGAACGAGAUCAUUGAGGACGAAGAAAACAGCGGAUCACACGCGGCAGUGGAGAAACCCUUCUUAUUCGGCGACGGUCGUGUUGGUUUAGAGGGGAAGCUGGACCGCGCGAUCUACGCCCACGGGGAUUCGAUCGUGGUCCAGAUUCACGUGAACAACAACAGCAGAAAGUCGGUGAGAAGGAUCAAGGUUUUCAUCGUGCAACACGUGGAUGUGUGCAUGUUCAGCAACGGAAAGUUCAAGAACGUGGUGGCCAUGUUGUCGUCGCAGGAGGGUUGCCCGGUAGGGCCAGGAGCUUCGAUGAAAAGAAACUACACGCUCAGACCUAUCAAAGGGUCGACAAAAAACUGGAUCGCGUUGGAGGACAGUUACACGAAGGCGGGUGCGACUCUGGCCUCGACAGUCGUGUGCCCUGGAAACGGGCCAGACGACAGGAACGUUUUCGCGAUAUACGUGUCUUAUUAUGUAAAGGUGAAGCUGCUAAUCUCGGGGAUGGGCGGGGAGGUGUCCCUGAAGCUGCCGUUCACAUUAAUGCACAGCAACACAGACCCGGACCUGAUCGGCUUCCCAUCACCGAUCAGAGAGCCGGGCAAACUUUCAGGGAAGACGGGCGCUGAAGAAUGUUUGGAGAGACACGAGGACAACGGUCACAGAUAUAAGGGCAGCAAGCUGGAACCCAUCAAAGAGAAGUCGAAGGAGCUGAGAGAUAUAGACGUGGACCUGAUAGAACACUGCGAUGAGGGGGACAGCACCUGAGGGCAGGUGCAAACCAGCGAUGCGACACGAUCGUCGACGAGGAGCAACAGCGCGACGAGGAACGUGAAGACCUCGAACCACAAGAACUGCAAGCUGGGAUUCAAUAUACACAGGGCUUGGUGCUGCUUCAGAAGGGCCUCUUAGUAAAGGACCAGAGAAAAAUUAAAAAGGAAAGAACGACUUUAAAAGAUUGAUCCGUUUUUUAACCGUAAUCUGUAAAAGGUGACGAAGUUUGGUAGAGUCUUAGGUGGAGCUAAACAAAAUCAUGUUCGGUGUCGAGGAGGAAAUUGAAUAGGGAUCGGACAGUUCUUGUGAUUCGUGUCUUUCGGAUGCUAGGCGAUUUUAUCAAGAGUUGGAGAUGAGAUGCAUGUACAGGAUGUUUCAAAAAUAUAUGUCACGACCACCAGGGUGUGAUUCUACAGCUUUUAUUCGAUGAAAAAGAAUGUAGGAGUGGUCGCAUGACUCAUCCUGGGAAAAAGGAUUGAAAUUUGUGCAAGAAUGUAAUAAUAUAAAAUUGUAACACCUUUUUUCAAGGUGAGAAUGAAUUUUGUAAGCACUUUCUUACAUCCUUUUCUAUCGGAAGAAAGGUUUAGAAUCACGCCGUGACACGUAUUUUUGAAACACCCUGUAUAGCUUUUCCUUCCCGCGUCAAUGAGGGAGAGGGAAAAUUCGUUGGGACUUUAUUCUUUAUAAAAUGUAUAUUUCGAUGGAUACCAUACCAUGUAAGAGACAUUCCCAUUAUUGCCAAUGAACAGAACUCAUCACGCGACUCAUGCAGUUCCUAAUCACGACAUUCCUACGAUGAAAGUUAUACUGCCCUCCCGAUUGUUCUCAACCCUGGAUCAUGCACUGUAUAAUGUAUUCAUCUGAACACAAACACACAGAUAUACGCAUACACUUUGCGAGUCAAUUGUAAACCGACAAGGAAAAGAUUUGAAAUCUAUUUUUUUAGACGAUGAAUAUCUCGUAUUUCUAGGCUUGGUUUCUAUUCCUUCUAAUGUGAAUGUUCUGUGUAAUUGAACUUAAGUACCUAGUAAGUCAUUGUACUUUGUAGGUUCCAAAGCAACCCAGUGGAAUCUUUUAUCUUAAUGAAUGCCUGAACUGUGUAUGCACAAACUGUGUCUGUACAGACUGUAUCUUUAUUACUGUAAAUAGUAAAUUAUUCGCAUGUGAUUGCAUAAG